AUGUGUUACCCAAAAAAUGAAAACGAACGUAGAAAGGAUGACCAACCGGCAGAAAAUACAGAAAGUGCCAACACAUUAAAGAAAGAGUUCAGUGAAUUAUACACCAACGAAGGUUGCCAACAUUGCGAAAAGGGUCAACCAGGAGAUACCUCCCAUGUCGUUAGCAGUGGGAAUGGCGGGAAAAAACGAGAAACUGCCACGGAAAAGCAUAACCGUGAAGAAAUUCACGAAACCUCAAAUGCGCAUGAAAAGAAGGAGAACGGUGGGGUAGACCAAAAUGGACAAACCAAUAGUGAAAAAACGAACACAAAAAAGCAUAAAUCCUCAACAGAUGAACCACCAAUUGGGAAGAAAAAAAAAAAGAGAAAAAAAAAAUUUAAUGACAAUGAAGUGACCAAGCCAUCUAAACAAAUGAUUAGAAUAAAUUACCUAUUGCAAGCAUCAUUUCUAAUGAAUGAAUUUAACCCGAACAUCUCAAGGGAGUAUAUCAAAACGAUGAAAAAACUUUCGAACAAGUUCUUAAUAAAAUACGACAAAAAAUUUAAGAAACUCUUCUGCAAAAAAUGCAACUCAGUCCUCAUCCCAAGUGCUAGUUGCAAAGUAUCUGUUAACCCACUAAAUUUGAAGAAAAAAGAAAAUAACAAAAAUGAGGAAAUGAGUAGCAAUUUGAAGGGGAAGUUGAGAGAUGAUUUUCUUGUUUCAUACCGUUGUAACUAUUGCCAGCACGACACGAAAUUUGUUUACGAAAAUAGUUUGACUGCUAAGCGCGUGAAUGAAGCGGAGGCCGUCUGA